GGGAGCCCCAUCUGCUGCCACACGGGGGGAUAAGAAGAAAGAUUGAUGGCACACAGCUUCUCCAAGCGUCAUCCCACUUGGGUCUGACUCAGAAACAAUGGUCUUGACACUAUCAGACUGCUGCUUCCAGCAGUGAGGGUGAAGAGAAGUGGUGCUGAGGUGGGGGCGGUGGGGUCCACGGCGCAGAGAACUCAGUGCUCAGUGAACGAGCGGCGAGCGGGAGCGCGCGUAUUGGAAGGAAGGGAAGGAAGGAGCUGAGGCAGAUCAGUCGCCAGCGGAGCCCCAGACAGCGGAUGAACAGAGCCGAGCGUGUGUGUCGCCCUUGUCGUUUUUUUACAGCAGCUGAAAGCAGAGUCCGGCGGCCCGAAACCUGCCCGAACAUGAUGCUCCAACUCGUCCAUCUCCUCGGGUUGCUCGUCUGCGGCAGUCAAGCUGCACUACAAGUGUCCAUAUCCUUGAACAAAGUGGAGUUAAGUGUCGGAGAGUCCAAGUUCUUCAUCUGCACAGCUAUUGGCGAGCCAGUGAGGCUGGAGUGGUACAACCCCCAGGGCGAGCGCAUCGUGCCUUCCAAGCGGAUGGCGCUCCACACGGAGUCGUCACGAUCCAGGCUCAUCAUUUACAACGCCAUCAUCGAGGACGCGGGUAUCUACCGCUGCCAGGCCACCGAUGCCAGCGGUCACACCGAGGAGGCCUCGGUCGUGCUGGAGAUCUACCAGAGGCUGACGUUUCGGGAUGUUCAGUCACCGCAGGAGUUCCGCCACGGUGAGACGGCGGAGGUGGUCUGUGAUGUCAUUAGCUCUCCGGUGCCCGUGGUGGUGUGGUACUACCAGGACAAAGAGAUCACUGAGGAGCACCACAGCAGGUUCCAGUUGCUGACAAACAACAAUCUCCAGAUCCAACAGGUGACCAAGGCUGACGAGGGCGUGUACCGCUGCGAGGCCAGUGUAGAGGCCCGUGGCGAGAUCGAUUUUGUGGACAUCGCAAUGGUAGUCAACGUUCCUCCGGUGUUGUCAGUGUUCCAGCAGUCCUUCAAUGCCACAGCUGACUACCAGGAAUCAGUCACCUUUACAUGCAUGACCUCUGGAUCUCCUGACCCUGUGGUGACAUGGCACAGGAAAGGGCAGCAGCUGGAGCCAUCCGAGCAGUACAUCAUCACCAGGCUGGAAGCCGGGCGGAGCAUGUUAACCAUCCGCAACAUCCGCCAGGGCGACGGGGGCACCUACACCUGCAAGGCCACCAACAAGGCAGGGUCCCAGGAAAGGGAGAUCUUCCUCAAAGUCUUUGUCCAGCCCCACAUAACCCAGCUGAAAAACGUGACGGCUGUAGAGGGCAGCGCCGCUAUGAUCUCCUGUGUGGCCGAGGGGGAGCCUCUGCCCGACAUUUCCUGGAGGAGAGCCAGCGACGGCCAGACCUUUGUGGACGGAGACAAGAGUCAGGACGGGCGCUUUGAAGUCCGUGGUCGUCACGGAAAAUCAGUGUUGACCAUCAGCGGUGUGAGGCUCACAGAUUUGGGCCGAUUUGACUGCGAGGCGCUGAGCAGGAUCGGGGGUCAUCAGAAGAGCAUGUUCCUGGAUAUUGAGUAUAUACCAAAGUUCCUGACCAACCACACAAUCUAUUACUCGUGGGAGGGCAACCCAGUGAACAUAAGCUGUGAUGUAAUGUCCAACCCUCCUGCCACCAUGCUGUGGAGGCGAGAGCGCUUCACCAUCUCCGCGGAGGGAACUGCCAACACCAGGGUACACAGUGCAGAUGGAAAGUCUGUGCUGGAGGUGACUCCUAUGUCAGACAGGGACUUUGGCCGCUACAACUGUACAGCCAGGAACAACAUUGGAGUUCGAUACCAGGAGUUCAUUCUGGCCCAGGCAGAUGUACCAUCAAAUCCAUACUCAGUGCGUCUCUCAGCAGUUUCCCAGCGCUUAGCAACCGUCACAUUCAUGAAACCCGACUCGCAUGGUGGAGUACCCAUCAGCUAUUACCUGGUCCAGUACAAGGAGGUGGGCUCACAGGACUGGAGGGACGUCAAGUCGCACAGCAUCCAGACGACGGUGGUGCUGACGGGCUUGGAGCCCAACACCACGUACGACGUUCGAGUGGCAGCCGUCAACGGAAAGGGUCAGGGAGAGUUCAGCCACACGGAGACCUUCCAGACUUUACCCAUCCGAGAGCCGAGUCCGCCAGCGGUCCAUGGGCAGAGGGGGAUGGGCAAGGCCUACAGGCUGGGGCUGGUCAAGCAGGACGAUGGAGGGAUGCCCAUCGUGGAGUAUAUAGUCAAGUACAAGACUGAUAAAGAGGAACAGUGGAUGACCAAGCUUGUCCCAGGAGCAAAUGACUUUGCAAUGCUGCAGCCGCUGCAGUGGAACACAAGAUAUGAAGUGGAAAUCACAGCGCGUAAUGUCAAGGGCCUGUCGGAGCCCACCUUCUAUCAGUUCUUCAUGCCACAGAAACCUGACAUCACAGCAGAAUCCCUGUUCAGCGGCAUGGGGCUGGGGACGGUGGUGGGCCUGGGCCUGGGAGCACUGCUGCUGCUCCUCGUGCUGGUGGACGUCAGCUGCUUCUUCCUGCGUCACUGCGGCCUGCUGAUGUGCAUCACGCGCACGCUGUGCAGCAAGAAAACAGCCACCAGCGGCAAGGGCAAAGAAAUAGAAGAGGGCAAGGCCGCCUACCUGUACACCUACAACAGCCGCCCAACCACCCUUUCAACCACAGAAACUACCGCUGAAGGAAGAAAAUGGAAAAGAGUCUCUCAAGCCGGAUACAAUUGAAAUCAAAGUGCACAGUGACAACAGCAUCCACACAAAGCCCGACGACAGCAAAGCGUAAAACGGGUCGGUCGCCUUCCCCAACAAAAGAACAUUCGGAUCACGAGACCAAAACCCAGAGAAAUUACAACACUGGAAAAUAGUGGAGGAAAAUCCCUUAUCUGUUUAUAACAAUGCCCCAGUGACAGGCAUGUGUAAAUACAAAUAAUAAGGAGAAAAUAGAAAGAGAGAAAGGGUCAACCUUUUGGACACCCUGAGUGAUAAAUGUAUCAUGUUCUUAAAAACAUGGCAUCAGUGAAAGGCUCUUGUUGAUCAAUGAUUGUUUUUCUGUUCAUAACUACAACACUUUAUUGAUCAUGGCAUUGUUUUACAGCCCACAUCAGACUUUCAUGCAGUAAAAUAGUGAUAAACAAGCCCCCACUAUGUCUUCUUACACAAAGCUGGUAUGCUAGUGUGCCCCUUCGCUCACACCGCCAAUGCUCUUGUAUUUUUUAUUUUUAUUUUUUAUUUAUUUUCAUUGUUUGAGUGAAUACAUGGGCCAACCCUGGAUAUCACAAUUAUUUAAAUCCAAUCUACUGUUUCCAUGCCUGAGUGUUUCACUACAGCAACCUUUUUAUGCCUUUUAAUAGCCGAGCUAGGUGCCUGGCUAAUGUUAGGCAAAUGCUGAGCCAUUAUGUUAAAGGCCAGACAACUUCAAUGACAAAAGGUCUUUAUGAGAUGUUGAGAUUUCAUUGCUUUGGUUCCCAGUAACAUUUCAAGGGUGAAAAUCUGUAUCAACCAGGGCCGGGUCAUUAAUUACUAAGGAAUUUGGAUGAUAUUUAAUGAAUAAUACUUACUGAAGGGCUAUUGUGGACUUUGUGUUGCAAGAAAACAAAAAAAGACAAAAAGAAAGUAGCAGUCUGUGAAGUAAUGUGCAUCGAUGCCAUUGUUAGUAAAACCUUUUAUAUUAACACUGAACAUUGUUGAUGAUCUCGGACGUUCUCAUUUUCCCACAAUUUGUGCAUAAGUAGGUUUUAUUCAUCUGUUUGCAAACUGAAUUUACGGUUCAGUCCACUGUACCUGUGCCAGAGGUUAACGCCAAUGUGCGCUUUGGAAUGCAGCUUGAGUAAUGAAAAAAACAAAUGUGUUUAAAGGCCACAAAUGCCCUGAAUGGUGUCAUGUAAUUGUUGCAAUGUGAAUGGUAGGACUCAAGGCAUGGGAACAAACGAGUCUGACAAGAAAUAAAUCAACUUGAGUGUCAUGUACUGUAUGUUUCGGAUUAUAACCGUUUAUUUCUUCAUUCAUGUCUCGGAUCUGCCUCAGAUGCAUUUCUGUUUCCUGGUCUGAUCGCUAUUCUCUCUGGUGUUGUCAUGUGUUGUACAUAGGUGGAAAAAAAAAGAAUAUUUUACAGAGCUUUUAUGUAAAUAUACCCCAAAGGAUGUCUUUUUCAAAAUGCAACAGGCUUGGCUUUUUUUGUGAACGCUCCUCGGAUGAAAAGCUUAUUUUCAUUUUCAUUUUUCUUCCUCUGUUGUGUUUUGGUCCAAAGUUCAGUGAUGGUGUAAUAUUGCUUUUUCUUGUCAUUUGCUUUCCCUUAAGAAAAUCCAUGCCCUAAAGCUAUUAUAUGUUAUUUCAAUGGAGACAGUAAUUACGGCAUUAGUGUGCCUUCUCUUCUUUUUUUCCUCCCCCUUUGUGGCCCAAUGCAGCUGCAGCAGUCUAAACCUUCAAAAUGAAUUUUGAUUAUUCUGCUUUUUGCCACAGAAUGUGUUAUAAGAUUGAGUUUUAUUGUGGUGCUGUGAACUCUGGGAAAUGUAGUUUAAGAAUCGUGGAUUGUAGUCAACGACACUGGACAGAAACAGACCUGUAGAACUACCAGAUGUGACCAGAUGUCAUGUUUCGUGCGUGCAGAUGUGCGUGCGUGCGCAUGCAUGAGUGAAUCCACUUGUCAACAUGAAUCAGGUUGCAUGUAUGACUGUUGAAUGUAUCUGCACGUACUCUAAGUAAAUCUGUGUAUGUUUGAGUAUGUGUGCCCAUUAAGAUUUUUCACAAUAAGUCUCCCAAUAUUAAAUAAUAACCCUAAAUUUAAAGAGUCAAUAUCCUACUAUUCUGGCACUCAUGUUAUAUUAAUUAUUUGUAAAAGAAAUUAUGUGUUAAUUUAUCUAUUUAUAUUGGGAAAAAAAGGUAUGAAGGAGUAUACCUCAAGUUCCAUGAUGCAUCGGGCAGCUCUUCAAGUCAUAUACAGUAGGUUGUGAUGACCACGUGCUAAGUAUGAAUGUCCGAGUGCUGUGAGGCUUCCUCUGUGAGUCGGCGAGAGCUCUCCCUGUGAGUUUCAGAGUGCGCUGUGAUAGGUAAAACCUGAUUAUGUAGUUCUCGACAGUGAUUCAUUCGCCAGGCUGCAGCACUCCACGCAUGUGUCUGCGAGCCCCCGCCACUAUUCCCUCUCAGACUCCAUUCAUUUUUAUCUCAGACCUCAUAGCCCUGGCUUUGUUUUCUCCCAGCGAGCCCUUGUACCUGCAUAUCUGAAAUGGAUGGUCCUGCCAUGGAGUGGUUCCGCUGCCUGUUACGAUGACUGUAAAUAUGGGAGCACAGUGCCUGGAGGCUAUACGAUUUGUACAUGUUCUUUUGUAUUUGAAUAUGACUCUAAAUACCGACCCACCCUUACCUUCUUAUCCUCUACACCGCACCCCCUUGUCCAUUUCUCUCUGUCUCCUCCACCUUUGCCUUGGUCCUUUUUCUGUAGGGGGUAAAGCAGGUGUGUUUGAGCUCAGUGUACAGUGUGUGUCCUCUUUGUCCCCCUGCUCGCCCCCCCCCCGUGUCCCCUUGGACUGUCCCUGCUGAGUGUCUUUGUGCAGGAGGUGGGAACUAUUGAUGUCUCUCUGUACGUACCUGUGGAACACUUGUGACUCCUGUCAUUUGCCGCUGUAAAUAAACAUGUCCUGGUAGAAGA